GGAUGUUGUGAAAACACAGAUGCCAUGUUUUGUGCUCAGUAGUGAUCAAGACGGCGUUGGGGCUUUAGGCCAUUUUCAAGACAUGAAAACCAGAGAAUUAUGGAGAGUCAUGUGUGCUGUUUAAAAGACAUAGAGGACGUGACGUCAAACUCUGCUCGCAGUGUGCAGCUUGAGAGGACCAAAACCUUGAUCGAAGAGAUCCGUGCUUUGAUCAAGAACAAUGAGGCAGAGUAUUGCUCCUUCUGGAGGCCUGUGCUCCCCUGGGGGGGUGUGUACACGAUACGGGCUGGUCAGAAGGCUGUCUCUUGUAUACCCCUGUACGUUAAAAUCAAUCUGAAAAACACCUGCACCAUCGAUGGCUUCCUCAUGCUCUUGUACGUCAUCCUGCGGGAUAAUCAGACGUUCCGCCGGGAAGUGGGUUUGUUCUUGGGGAAGCGCUUUGUGGAGCACUUUCUCUAUCUGAUGGACUCUUACGAUUACACCACAGUCAAGAUUUUGUGGAUCUGGGACAGGAUGUCUAAGCGUCAGUACCGCUCCGAGAUCCAUCAAGCCGCUCUGGAGAUCGACCUUUUCGGCAACGAGCAUGAGAACUUUACCAAGAAUCUGGAGAACCUGAUGUCUACCAUGCAGGAGAGUUAUUGUACUAACUGGUGCUGUCCGUCUCGUUUCCAGGAGCUCCUUCAGAACACCAUAAAUAUCAACCCCCCACAUGAGCUUCCUGAUAGAGAUCCUAUUCAAUCAGCAGUGGAUGAGUUCUUCUGUCCAAAGAUAGUCCUCUGCCACGAAUAUGGGUGUAAAGGACUACGAGAGUUCUCCCAGAGAGAGUUCUGCCACGGUGCUCCUCCCUUCAUCAUCCUGAACAUGCAGAUGUGGAAAUCUGAGGACCUUUCCUACGUUCCGUACCAUUUGGCUUUGUCUGAUCACAGGUACUCUCUAGAGGGCGCCACUCUCUUCAACAGGGAGGAACAUCACUACUCUGCGGCGUUCCAAAUCGAUGGGUACUGGAUGCACUACGAUGGGCUUCGGAGCGACAACUUGAUCUUAUUGAACAAACCACCGGAGCUGCUGCUUCUGUCCUCCCUGGUGUACGUGCGCUCUCAUGAAAAAUGACACGCGGAGGUGUCCUGUCUUUUCCGCGUGGAUUUCAUUCCAUCCAAGAUGGAAGCCACUUGUUUAUUCAGUUUGUCUCAGCCUUCAAAUGAGUUACAUGGGGUAUGAGUGUUGUUGGCUGGAAUGGAAACCAGCAGAUAAAACUCUGCUUGGGAAUAAGACAGAAGACUGGAAAUGCAUCAUCACAAAGUCUUUGGAUUCUCCUCCUUUCCUCGUGUCCUUGCUUGUUAACGUAGUCGCCGUAAUCCUUCUUGUAUAUUUACCCAGACAGUUAACUCAAGGAUACUUUUAUUACAAACAUUCUCUAUUAACAACUGCAAAUUUUGUAAUAAUAAUAAGGAUAAGUUGUAGGGUUUUAUUUUUUUUUUACUCUAAAGAAAUAAUGCUUUUCUACUUUCGUAACAAAUGCUACAAUUCGGUAAAGCCGAGUUAAACCGCUUCGACCUUUUUAGGUCGUGCUUGGAAUCCAAGAGUUUGUAAAUGGACUGUAAUAGUUCUGGGCUGGUAUGCGAAACUUUAAGAAUGUUACCUUAUAGAAGCACAGAACUUCUCUGUGUGUUCUGCUAAAACAUUUAUCAUAAAAACAACAACAAAUCAUGCACAAAUGUCAUUUUCCUAAAGGAAUUGUUUAAAAAAAAAAAUCACAUUGAACACAAAGAUCCAGUAAAUCAGAAGACUCUUCUGCAAUCCAGCGAUGAUUUAAAAGCUUUCAUAGCAUCCGGAUAUUUGGCUGAUCCAUACACUUGGCAGCAAUGUUUUUAAGUACGUUACUCAGAAACAGCCAGAAGUGUGACUGACUAGAGCAAGUGAUUAAUCAACACCAGAAAGAGCUGUUAGUUUGCACAGCGUUAUAUAAUUGGUGUCAGAGAAAAGUGCCAAAUGGAGUUCUCAGGAAACAAGGCGAAUAAUUGUUUUGUCCUCAUUAUGAAAUAAGAGUUCUGUUUGCUGUGGAAGAAUUUCACAGAUGUUCUACUUUCCUACAAAAUGUUAACGCAUACUAUCCCUGAAUUUGGAUGUAACUGUUAAUGUUUGUUUGUUGGCACCAUUGAGUAAGGCGUGUUUAAAAUUUGAUAUUUUUUCUUGAUUCUUGCUCAUAUAUUACUCAAGCCUUCUUAAAUACGUGUGUGAGAACCCGUACAGUCAUGAAAUGCGAUUAAGCAGCAUUUUAAAAUCAUGACUAAUUCUGGCCUGUAUGAGUAAUACUUACAAUAACUGUCAGUUUCUAAAUGUUUCUUUUCUAAAUUUCAGUACACAACUUGGUUUACACAAAGAUGGCUAUAUUUAUAAUUAUUACCUAAAGAAUUUUUGCACUUACUUUUAAUUAAAAAAAAAAUUAAUUGUAUUCAUUACUUGUUUUGCCUGUAUUGUUUUGUUUUGAGGAAAAGCACCAAUGAGUGAUGAGUAAUCAAACAGGAAAUCGCAUUAAGCACUCUUGAAUGCAGUAAAUGGCUUCUUAGUGUUUUUUAAUAGAAUUUUCGGAUGAACUUUAUAUUUUGUUAUUGAAUAAGGGGUUGUUGAAAUGUCAGUACGUCUGUAAAAAAAAAUAAUAAUAAUGCAUCGGGUUUAAACCAGGGGUUCAUGACCCCAUUCACCGUCUCAAGUGUUAUUACAGUUAAGGUCAUAAGUUUUCCAAGAAAAAAAGAAUUAUCAUAAAAACUGCAUUUUUUGUUUUUUAUUUAGUUCUGCCCUGAAUAAUCUAUUUCACAUAACGGAUGUUUACAUACAGUAAAGUCCACAAAACUAACUGAAUUUACACAAAUGAACCAGUUUAAAAGUUUACACUCGAUUCUUAAUACCGUGUGCUGUUAGCAGGAUGAUCAGCGACUGUGUUUAUGUUUUGUGAGUUGUUCAUGAGUCCCUUGUUUGGCCUGAGCACUUAAACUGUCCACUGUUCUUCAGAAAAAUCCUCCAGGUCCUGCACAUUCUUUACUUUUCCAGAAUCUUCUACAUAUUUGACUCCUUUCCAACAGCGGCUAUAUGAUGUCAAGAUCCAUCUUUUCACACUGAGGACGACUGAGGGACUCGUACACAACUAUUACAAAAGGUGCAAACGUUCACUCAUGCUCAAGAAGGCAACACGAUACAUUAAGAACCAGGCGGGUGUAAACUUUUGAACAGAUCUUUUUUUUGCUUAAAGAUUUUAUUUUUUCAUUUAGUACUGCCCUUCAGAAGCUACAUAAGAUGUAUGUUUCCCAGAAGACAAAAUAAUAACAAUUUACACCGAUCAUCCUGUUCAAAAGUUUAUACCCCCCCCAGCUCUUACUGUAUCAUGCUGCCUUAUUGAGCAUCAGUGUAUGUUUGCAGCAAAGAAUGUGCAGGAGCUGGAGGGACUCGUGAAGAACUAUCACAAAACAUGAAAACAGUUUUGAACAGGAUGAUCAGUGAAAAUUGUUAUUAUCUGAGCCGAUUCUGUGCUGUAACUUCAAGCUGCGUUGUAUUCCGAACCAACAUUUGCACCAAUGUCUCCAUUACUUCACUGUUUGGAUUUGGAUUUCCCAACAUGACGUUGAACAUCGCUGGAAAA